AUGGAUGCGCACGACGAUGCGCCAUCGGCGCAACUACACCUCGAAAUUCGCGAUGCGAUGGUUCGCAACCUUGCGUCGCGGCGGCCGAUCCUCCACCAUCUGAACGCCGACACGUCCUGGCUGCUUCAAAUCCCGCGACCCGCCUCCGCAGUGAAGCACGGUAGCCGCAUAUACUACAACAUCCUGAUUGAUCCGUGGCUGCAGGGCGGGCAGUCGGAUGUUGCGCGGUGGUUUUCGCAGCAAUGGCAUGCAACAGAGAGCGCGGUGAAGACGAUUGCCGAGGUGGAAGAAGUGGCCCGGCAGAUUGAGAUCAUGGCAGGGGGUUUACGGCUGGGAAGAAAGAGGAGGACAAGUAAUCUCGAGGUUGCGCCCGGCGUGGAAACCUUCAUUGAUGCUGUGGCAAUAAGCCAUGAGUUUACGGAUCAUUGCCACAAGGAUACCUUGCUGGAGGUGCACCCGGAUGUGCCUGUGUUCGCGACAGAGCAAGCGGCGAAGCUUGUCUCAAGCUUCAAUCACUUCCGCACCGUCAUCAAUACCCCCACGUUUACGCCCGCGGACCCCGACUGGCGCGACUACUCUUUGCUACCAUUACCCUCAUGGCUCAGCAUAUCCCGACUCACAGCCUCGGGCGACGCGCUCUACUACCAUUCCGCGCUCCUCAUAACCUUCGCAUCGCAUGCUUUCUCCCCCGCGACGCCGAAGAAGCGUGCAUCACUCUCUAUAUACGGCGAAGAAGAGUCCUUCUUAGCCGAUUCAGACGCAGCUGAGUGUGUCAUCUACACUCCGCAUGGCAUUCCUUACAAUUCGCUCGAGCCAAUCGCGAAGGCAGACCCGCCAUUACACACACUUGCAUUCUUGCAUGGUCUACACGAUGUCUCGAUAUCGGCGGCGCAGCAGUUGAACCUUGGUGCUAAAAAUGGUGUGCUUGCGCAACGUGUACUGCACGCAAAAUACUGGGUUGGCACCCACGACGAAGUGAAGAAGGGCGGCGGUCUGGUGUCGUGGUUUCUGCGGCGCAAGGUCUGGACGCUUGAGGAAGCGUUAAAGGAGGCAAAAGCCGUGGUUGAUAGCGAGAGCGAAGGCAAAGCCGGCAAUGAGUUUGCUGACGUCCACUUUGAAGAUGUGGGGAAUGGGGAGAGCAGAAUCCUUGAAUAA